AGCGGAGAGCGGGGAGCGAGUGCUGGGCGGGGGCCGGGCGGCGGGGCCGGGAGCCGGAAGGUGUCGCGGCGCUCCCCCGGGUGGCCCCGCGGGGAGCGAGGAGAGCCCUGCCCGGCUGCGGCGCCGCACGGAGCCGGCGGUGCCCGCGGCUGCGGCGGGAGCCCUUCCCCGGCGGACUGCCCGGCCGCCUCCCUUACAUAAUGUCACCUGUGGUACCUGCGGCUCCCUCGUGUCACGGCGGCGGGUGGUCGGUGGUGACGGCAGAGCUGGGCUUUCUCUGAGUUCUAGGUGUGUGAAUCAACCUAUUAUCACUGAAUCGUCAGUUUAAUCUCGCUAACUUGACAUCUGUUGUAUGCCAGCCUGUGUCAAUAUCAGACCAAGGUGCUCCUGAUCAACCAGAUCUUUCAACCAGAAAUAUUUUAAAAAGAAACCUUGGUGGGUAAAAGAUGUGCCAUGGAAUGGUAGCAUCAAAGAGCAACACAGGAUCAUCUCUUGCCUUAACUGGCCAUGGGUUAUUUCGUCUGCUAGUUAUCUUUGGUUCCUUUAUCUUGGAAGCACAGUCCACAGGUUGGCUAAGCAAAUCCAAAGGACCUGCAUAUUGUCCCCAGCCACCACAACCUGAGAAUGGAGGUUAUAAAUGCCACCCUAGCCCCUGCAACAACCCUCUGACUUCAGGCAGUGUCAUAGAGUAUCUGUGUGUUGAAGGCUACAUGCUGAAAGGAGAUUAUAAAUACUUGACCUGCAAGAAUGGAGAGUGGAACCCAGCCAUGGAAGUCAGCUGCAGGCUCAGCCCAGAAAAGGACUCUCCUCCAACAAUUGGAGUGCCCACGCUGUCCAUAGUAGCCUCCACAGCGAGCUCUGUCGCCCUGAUUCUGCUGUUAGUUGUGCUGUUUGUUUUGCUGCAGCCAAAGCUGAAGUCGUUCCAUCACAGCAGGCGAGACCAAGGUGUGUCUGGAGAUCAGGUCUCUAUUAUGGUGGAUGGUGUCCAAGUGGCCUUGCCAUCCUAUGAAGAAGCAGUAUAUGGCAGCACAGGGAAUUGCAUUCCACCCUCGGACUCCCGAGUGCAGAUCGUGCUCUCAGAGGGAGCUGGACAGAAUGGACCCAGAGAGAUGCAGCAGCCGGACCAAGGGGCUCACAAUACCUUCGAAAGAGAAGAUGAAGCUCCUGGACAUUCUGGGCUGUGUGAAGCCAGUGGCUCUCAGCGCUCUGAAACUGUUCUUGUGCAUCAGGCUGCUACCUCUUCCUGGGUAGCUGGCAUGGCUAGCAGUAGACCUGUACACAAAGAGGUCCAAGAUUCAGAAAGCAGUGACAUACAGAGCCUUUUAUCACUCACCUCCUCUGAGGAAUACACAGAUGAUAUUCCCUUAUUGAAGGAAGCAUGAGGUCUGCUGUGUUUGUCUAGUCUGCUCCAUCUUGGAUUUCUUCCUCCUCCCUUCUCCCUGCCUUUGGGACAGAAGCACUCUGUGCAGUCUUCCCCUUCCUCGCAAGCUGUACCCUGGAUACCUCCAAGAAGAGAUGCCCUCAGCUGAAGAUCCAAAGGAUGUCGCCAGGUUGCCUCCUGGAUGCACCAGUGGAGUUGGUGCAGCGCUGGCUUCCCCAUUCCAUCAGCAUCAGGGGCUCAAGGAACAGAGUGGAUUUGAGCUCUCCUCUCCUCUUCCCCAGCCAGAUGUUUGACAGCAGUCUCUGAAGAGCUGCUCUUUUCUUGUGCCUUUCUCCUCCUCACACCGGCUUGUUGCAGCUUAUCAGCCUUUCUAGCCCUUCUGCUGCCCAGAGAACCAGGGCUAAACCCACUUGCUCGCUGGGUGCAGACACAGUUUAAAUAUACAUAUAUAUGUUAUAUAGGCUCUUCUUCCAGCAUCCUCUGUGUGACAGGGCAGGACAAAACGCCUCACUGGGACUGAGAGUGGGCUUGGGAGGGAUCGCAGUUAGGGGGCAGCUUGUGAUGUCUAGAAGCGCCUCAGGUGAGAUGGACUGUGUGACAGCUUAGCUGUGCAGGAACAGUUCACUGAGACUUGCUUAAGCACUGAAGGCUGAGAAAUCCAACAUGUAGAAAUGCCCUCUGUCCCAUCUCUGCAGGAGUCCAUUCCUGAAAAUCACUUUUGUCUCCUCCUUCUUCCCCUACCAGCGCAGCCCACUGGAAGAGGUUCAGGUGUUUGAAAAUACCAAGACAAAAAAAUGCCUAUAGAUAGUGAAUUCCUAGUGCCAUUGGUGCGAUCCCAAAUUCCUUUUCCAGCCACAGUAGGUACUUGAAUCCUGGGUAACUGACAUCUCACAGGCUGGUGUGUCUUCCUAGCUGCAUACAGCAAAGGGUCUGCUGUUUUAACCUCGUGGGCUCCAGUGGGCCUGUAGAGAAGGGCUCCUCCCUUGUGGCUGGGGGUAAGCAGCAUUUGUAAAGCUUCUCCUAAACACAGUGCCAGCCUGUUGCUGUGAGGGAAAGUCAAGUACGCUGACAGCAGUGCUAGAAGACACCACAGCUCAGUCCUGAGGUUUUGAGGAUUGUUUCAAGUUGGGUAGAAGGGAAGAGAACAUUCAGAAAUAUGCGUACCUCUGCCUGGCACAGUUAUCUACAGCAGGUUAGACUGUCCGUGUUGGGAUUCUAUAACCGCAGGAAGCCACAUCUGUCUGAGGUAGAUGGUCCAGUCCUGUGCUGUGGUUGUAAGGUUCCUCACUGGGGUCUGGACACUGUUCCAUGGGAUUGGUUUCAGCAAGAAGAGUUGGCUUCUUAGAUGCUGCAUGUACCUUGUCAUAACUGUCUUGAAGUAACCAGGGAAAUGUUUGCCCUGUGAGAAGCUGCUACAUUUUUGAGUUGAAGGAGCAAAAUGUCAUGGCCUUACACAUCAUGUGGUAAUGUACAGGUAAACAGGGAUGCUGUCUUUGCUGCUUUGCUUUUGGUUUACAAUCCUCACCAUCCUCAUCCUCAUUGCUACAGUAAAAAAAAUGUACGGCACUUGACAAAAAGGAUACAACAUCUUUACGUAUAAAAUCACUGUGGCUUAGCUCCAGUUCUCUGAAAUGGGGAUUGGCCAUAGUGUCCAGCUGUGUAUUUGCUAUUCCUCCUCUUGAAUAGCUAUUAAAUGCAGGACACAUGGAACAGUGUGUGCCUGUGGAUGGAAGAAUCCUUUUUUAUCUAUCCUUAUUAUAGAGGGAUGUUAAUUUAAAAUUACAGUGCUUUGAACAUCCUUCCUUGUUGCUCAUAUUACCUUGCAUUAACUCAAGAAUUUGAUAAAUCCCAUUUGGGUGAUUUAGGUAAUUUUUGUUCAAUUUGGAUGAUGAAAAUCCUGUGUCAUUUUACAGUGGGCUGUGGUGUCUCGGCUUCAAGUGCCGUAGAGGACAAAUGUUGUUUGUACAUCUGCCAUUGAAAUUUUAAAAAGUAAGCAAAGGGCGAUUGUGUUUAGCUUUUUGACUGUUGGAAAUGGUCUAAGCUUAAGUAAAUUCCUCCUUCAUUGGUUUAUUGGAGGGGUUGAGCAAGUGUAGUGGUAAGAGAGUGUGGAGGAAAGUCUGUGUGACUUUCCUGCUGCCUAACCAGCUUGGAGCAGGAGUUGCUUUUUAUGAAUUUAAGGUCCUGUCUGCUUAAACUGACUCUCAGCAAUUCAAGGUAUAGAUGUUGGGAAUGUGUUGCCUUUCUGAAAGGGGCAGUGCCAGUGCUGGGUUGGUGGGAGAAGCUGAUCCCAAGGCCUGACCUUGCUCUGGACAAGCACCCGCACCAGCAGCAGAAAACACGUCCUCUGUGGCCUGGCCUCCUCUCUGCUGUUGUAAAACAAGCAAAUGCCAGCUAGGGGUAGAAAAUUCAAUUUGGGUGGAGAAGACAAAAAAGCAAGCUCUACAAAGAGGGAGUGCUUUAAUUUUACAGAAUCACACAGAAUUAACCAGGUUGGAAAAGACCUUUAUGACCAUCAAGUCCAACCUAUGACCGAACACCUCCUUGUCAACUAGACCAUGGCACUGAGUGCCUCCUCCAGGGAUGGUGACUCCACUACCUCCCUGGGCAGCCCAUUCCAGUGCUCAAUCACCCUUUAUGUGAAGAAUUUCUUCCUAAUGUCCAGACUAAACUUCCACUGGCACAGCUUAAGACUGGGUCCUCUUGUCCUGGCACUGGUUACCUGGGAGAAGAGACCAAUCCCCACCUGGCUACACCCUCCUUUCAGGGAGUUGUGGAGAGUGAUAAAGUCUCCCUGAGCCUCCUGCUUUCCAGGCUGAACAACCCCAGCUCCCUCAGCCUCCUCCUAGGAUUUGUGCCCCAGACCCUUCACCAGCCUUGUUGUCCUUGUCUGGAUGCACUCGAACAUCUCAGUGUCCUUCCUGAAUGAGGGGUUCCAAAAUGGGACACAGCACUCAAGGUGGGGCUUCCCCAGUGCUGAGUACAGGGGGAAAACCACUGCCCUGGUCCUACUGGCCACACAGGCCAGGGUGCCACUGGCCUUCUUGGCCACCUGGGCACAGCUGGCUACAUGUUCAGUCUGCCAUCAGUCAGUAAACCCCAGGUGCUUUUCUGCCUGGCCGCUGUCCAGCAGCUCCUUUGCCCAGCCUGUAGCGCUGCAGGGAGUUGUUGUGGCCAAAGUGCAGGACUUGGCACUUUGGAUUCUAUAAAAAUUGUUGGAAAUGGCUUUACUAAUGAGUGGGGGAAAUGUGGAGUGGAGGAGAGAAAUAUGCAAAUGUAGCUAUUGUGAUCAAGCAGAAACAGGCAGCUCCUGUUGGCUUGUUGAGGGUAAGCCAGCAGCUUCCAGGCCAGUCUCUGUGCUGGCUGGUAAUCCCAUCUGAUGAUUCCAGAUCCUGCAGAAGAGCUCUAUUCCCUGCAGCAGAUCUUGUGGGAGCAGGCCCCAAGGAUCUGUGUGAGCCAGAAUAUGGAACACAGUUUGGAGGCAUCACACUGCUCCUCUACAUCCUCAGCUUUAGAGUUAAUUUUCAUAUAAAAUGAGGUAAAACAGCAGGGAGGAACCCAAAAGAUGUCUGGCAACUUUUUCAAGGGAGAGGGAGAGCAAGGCCUCACUUUACUGGUUAUCCAAUGAUUAUUAUCCAUGUUUGUUUUAAUUCUGCAGAGGCUGAAGGACUGAGAAGUCUUCGUGUAGAGAUAUAGGAAAACCUACUUUUCACAGUCCUAUCAAGACUUAUGGGAGCAAGGCCUGAAGUCUAAAGAUCCCUCAGAUGUGAGCUGCACUCUGUCUCAGGAGUGUUCAUUAUCUCUGAGCUGAGUGUGUUCUUUCUGUUUUGCCAUAAGUAGAUGCAGUCUGGAUCUCAGUGUUGUGGAUGGAAAGUACAGAAGCUCAACCUUGCAAGACGUAAUACAGUAAAUUUGUUUUUUCCUUUCUUUUUUUCCCCAUGAUGGGCCACAGUCUCCAUACCUUUUCUUCCCCCACCUAUGUCUGGCAAAAGAUUUCAAAGAGAGGCAUUUUUUUCUUAUGUAAUACUCUCAACCUAAUCCUCUCAUGCUCUGUCAUACAUGCUGGAUCCUGUUAUAUUCAAGAACAUUAAAAUUAUUUAAUUAUAUUGAGAAAAAUAAAAAUAGCACUUAUUUUAAAGCUUUCCAUUAUUUUUGGAGUCUGAUAGGUGGGGGGGAAAGGCCAUUUCAGAAAUUCAGGAUAUUAUGUGCAAUAGAAAAACUUCCUUGGUCCUUUCCAGUUCCAUAGCUUUUUAAAAAAUAAAUGCAACUCACUGCAGUGUUAACAGCCCAAGCAUUGUAGAACUGGACCAGCCUGAGAGAACCAGGACAUGAAGUUGGCAGUGACCCAUGGGGAAGUGGGCCAGUCUCUUAUCAGGGUCUGCAUCAUGAAGCUCACCUCAAAUAAUGAGCCAGCUUGGACAGUGUCAGAGCCUCCUGCAGCUUGGAAGGGUGUCAGCAGCACUGGUGAGAGAGGGGUUUGUGUGUUCUGGUGUUAAAUAGCUUGUGCCUCCCCGUCAUUAGCUGCAGAAUACGUAGAAAUUCAAUCAGGAGAGAUGUGCUGAAGCAUGUGAGCCUCUGGAGUUGUUGCUGAGAUGAAACCUCAUGAGUUGGGAAGAAGAAGAGCUUAAUGCAUUUUUAUCCUUAACCACCAGGGAAGUUGCUGGGUAGCAGAAUGUGUACUCAGCAAGCAGAGUGCUUUUUGCCCCUUGGAUAUCUUUGCUGAGGUUUCUCCUUGGCUUUUCAGGUCCAGUGUGGUGAAUUGUUUACUGCAUCUGGAGUCUUAAUUUGGCCUUUCAGUGUGUGGCGAACUCAGGCAGGAAGAAAUCUGUUCCACGUGCUUUGGGAAGAAACAUCCUAAGAUGCUCCCAGGGGUGGAUGACUUGGGUCAGUACUGGGGCCAAGAGAGUGACUGGCUCAGCCAUUGGAAAUAAUCUGGGAUGGUUAAGUCAUUUGCAGCACAGAAAAGGGAACACAAGGAGUUGUCUAAGGAAGAGCUGAAGACAGAGGCUUACUGCAGGCUAAUGAGCUAAUGCAAUAAUGACCAGGUUGAAAGGAAGCUUGUGCUUUGUUAGAUGAUUUAGCAUACACCAGCAGGCUUGCUGUAUAAAAAAUAAUUAAUGUACAACUGGUUGGACACACUGAGCUGUCCUUGCUGACCUUUUUAGAACAUACUUGCAAAAAAAGUGGUUUUACUGUUCUGAUAGCAGUUUAAGCAAAAAACUGCCUUGUUACUCUAUCCAGAUAGCUAUUUAAAUAAAUUUCACUUUGAUUUUUUUUGUAUAUAAAUGCAAUAAAUCCCAUUUAUUUUGCACAUCCUGCCUCACCCCAUCCUCAUCCUCCAGUCCUUACCAGGGAACAGCAGAUUGAAUUUGCUCUAUGUGAAAACCUUUGCUUGCAGAAAAACUUGAUUAGAAAAGUUUUUCUCUACUAUAGGCUUUGAAAGAGCAAAGAGGUUUCCUAGAGCAGGCUUCAUUUUAAGGUGUAUUUUUAUACAAGAAGUAAGCCUUUUUCCAGUCCUAGCACACCAGGACAGAACAUGCCACUUCCCACACUUCAGGGCCAUGUGUUCAGCACUGCUUUCAAACUCAACCCUCUGCAGGUGAUGUGCAGAUCUCUGUACCCACCAGAACAUGUUGUGUUGAUACUCUGCAUAUGCUUUCCGUAAGCUAUGCUUUUGCUUCUGUCCUUGAGUGAGAACAGACAGAGGCAACUGAGUUGUGCUGGAAAAUACUUUAGUUCAGAUUCUCAAAGUUGCUUCCUUCCAAAAGAAAACAAAGUGAACUUGUCUGUGAAGCGGAAGUCCUAUGAUGUGGUGGGUAGACUGUUGGUAGUUGCUGAUGCAAGUGCAAGGGGAGCUUGAUUGCCUUUCUGCAUUAUUCUUUUCUUUCCUAUAUGUCUUUUCUUUUUAUCUGAAUUGCACCACUAUGGAAUUAUUUGCAGAAUGGUACUCCAUAUAUAUGUGGGAUUUAAAACCAUAACUGAUGCUGUGCAGGAUGUCACUCUAUUGGUUUUAUUUUGCUUUAUUUUAUAUGUAUUUUCUGGUAUCCUGUACAUUGCAGUGGGUGUGAAGAUAGUAUUUUAAUAUUUGUACAAAGUUUAAUUUAAUUGUUCUAUGUAUAUAACUGCAUUUCUAAAUUAAAAAAAAAAUCUUUUGAAGUGAAGCUGUAA